GUUUAGAUGCAUUUGAUUCUAAUUUAUUAAAACUCCUUUUAAAUCGAAAACUUUAAAAGGAAGAACUUGUGUUUGCAGAACUAUUAAAUGCUUAUUAUUUGAGAGUUGCACAAAAUGAUGGCGUCAACUUUUGACAUGGAAGACACUGUGUUACACACGCCGAAGUUCGUUGAAACAAGUUUCGACUUCAGUUCUAUAUUCUCAUCCAAAGACCUCCAUGCGAGCAUGGAGAACAUACCAGAGCCUAUGGACAUUGGUCAGUGUAGUGUCCCACAGAAGACCUCCUCUUCCAUAUUUUCAGAAAACAUGGAAAGCAACAGCGUACCUGAUACCAUAGUUUCCAGCAGCGAAAGCAUUCCAGUAAAACUUCCUAACUACAAUCUCCGUCAGAGGUCCAUCAAAAAUCGAAUCGAAACUGAAAUCAGGAUAAGAAAAGUUCCAAGCAAGAAGCCCCCCAAACCAAAACAAAGACCAGCACCCCUGAGCAAAUACCGUCGCAAAACGGCGAACGCAAGGGAAAGGACUCGCAUGCAAGAACUCAACGACGCGUUCGAGAACUUGCGGAAAGUGGUGCCUCAGUUCCCGCGCAAAACUGGUGAUGACAACACCAAGCUCACUAAAAUCACAACACUGAAGCUGGCAGUCAAUUACAUCGCAGCUCUCUCACAGAUCCUAAAGCAGGCGGAUUCCAAUAAGAAUAGUGGAUCCAAUCCUAAUGAUAGGUUUGCUUCCGACAAUGCGUGUCCGAGUGUCGAUGCAAUAGACCCCAUGGACCUUUUGGGUGAUUGCCUCCUUGACAAUUCGUUCGAUCUCAUCCUAACUUCAGAUGGUGAUAGUCUGUCUCUUAGCGAGGACCUCAAUGUUUAGUGAUUGCUGUGCGAUAUUGAAUUCAAGACGUUUCUCGUACUGGAUGAACUUCUUCCCUGUCCUUUUCAACAGUUGAAAAUCGCUUCCAAUCAGUGCCCCUUUGAUAUAAAUGCCUAUCAGUUUGUCAUUUUU